AUGAAAUACAUCAGAGCGAGAACUUUAUUGCCAGCAGGAGCUCUUGGUCUGCUGUUGGUCUUCAGUUUCUCUAAAGAUUAUAUUGACCACAAAAACAUCGGCCUCAACGCAGACGUGAAAGAGGAUAAGAGUCAAUCCACCACAGAUAACUCCUCUGUGUACUCCUGGCCAAGAUGUGAACGAAAUAUGACUGCUGCCAAAAUCAGACGCUUCAGGUCUCUUCCUAGUAGUUUAAAAGACUUUCUCUAUUAUCGACACUGUUGCCAUUUCCCCAUGAUACUGGACCUUCCUGACAAAUGUGGAGGAGCUGAUGGAUCUGCAGCUGUCUUCCUUCUGCUGGUCAUUAAAAGCCCCCCUGUGAACUACGCCCGCCGAGAGGUGCUGCGUAAAACCUGGGCUAAAGAGAGGUUGCAUAACAAUGUGUGGAUACGAAGGAUCUUCAUCUCAGGAACGAUGGGUACUGGUUCAGAGAAAGAGACACAGAACAAACUGCUCGAGCUGGAGCAACGUGAGUACAACGACAUCAUCCAAUGGGACUUCAACGAAGGAUUCUACAACCUCACCUUGAAGCAGAUACUCUUCCUGGAGUGGAUGGCAAGAAACUGUCCUAACGCCCGCUUCCAUCUGAAUGGUGAUGAUGACGUCUUCGCCAACACAGACAACAUGGUCGAGUAUCUCCAAGGCCUUGAGGACAACGAUGGAAGCAAGCACCUCUUUACUGGCAAUCUGAUCAAGAAUGCAGGGCCUGUUAGAUCACCAUGGAGCAAGUAUUUUAUCCCAGUUCAGGUACAGAGAUCAGCCUCAUAUCCCCCUUACUGUGGUGGCGGGGGGAUCCUCCUGUCUGGUUAUACCGCUUUGGUAAUAUACUAUAUGUCUCAGUCCAUUACCCUUCUUCCCAUCGAUGAUGUUUACAUGGGGAUGUGUCUGGCCAAAGCAGGACUAAGUCCGACCUCUCAUGUGGGAGUGAAGACGAUGGGACUGUCCAGUCGAGAUCUAAACGAUCCUUGUGUUUGUAAAAAUGUUUUGCUGGUACACAGAUUCCUUCCAGCUCAGAUGUACAAUAUGUGGCACAGAGUGCACGAUCCCAGUCUUAAAUGUAGUUCCUCUAAGAAACACCUUUAG